AUAGCCACCCAACUGGAUUGAUACUCCCUUCACCUGCUGGCUUAUUGUUUGUUAUACCUCUCCAUUUCUAUCACUUCCUCGAUCUCGCAAAUGGACGUAGACUUCUUGGUCGCUUCGCCUGAGACCCAGAUGGACUGGGUGAACAUGAUGCUGCAAUUGGCAGAUGAAUCACUUCUCCUGCUCCCGGACGGCCAGUAUCUCGCCGGAACUCGUCCACAGCAGGCCCUUGUGCCUGCCGCUUCUCCCCCCACCUGCCCUGCCUCGCCCAUGUUUCCAGCCGCGCCCUUCGGUCCUAGCUUAUACGACGAGAGUACGGCGGCGUCGCCGGUAAUCACGACCAACCCGGUUGCUACGUCGGGCGACGGGACAGAGUUUUCGAUGAGCGAGAUGGUAUUCCGGGUGGCGGCGGCGCAGCCGGAGCAGGUGGACCCGGAGACGGUGCGGCCGGCGAAGCGGCGGAAUAUGAGGAUGUCCAAGGACCCGCAGAGCGUGGCGGCUCGGCUGCGGCGGGAGCGGAUCAGUGAGCGGAUGCGGAUCCUGCAGCACAUGGUCCCCGGCGGCACCAAGAUGGACACCGCCUCCAUGCUCGACGAGGCCAUCCAGUACGUCAAGUACUUGAAGACGCAGGUCCGAUCCCUGGAGAUGGCUGCGGUCACCCAGGGGAUGCUGCCGGCAGCCACAUACCGGCUGCCGUUGGCCGGAAUCAGCUACCCUUGCAUCAACGCCAUGUCCCAGCUCCAGGAACAGGGAUUCAUGCAUCAUUAUUAACUGAUUGCCGUACAGCAUAUCGAUCAUUCAUUCUUAGCGACGAUCCACUCCACAGUGAGUUUUAUGAAGUGGUGCACCAUUUUACUGUUGACGAAGAGUUCCCGCAGGAACACUUCCACACCCUUACUUUCUUUCUUUCUUUCUUUCUUCUGUGUUUGUUUUAUAUAUCCAGUCAUGAUGUAGCCUUCUUUUAUGGCCUAUCUGCACCAUGUUUGUGAAUAAAUCAGUAGAUUGCAAAUA